AUGGCAAAACGAGGAAGACCGAGAAACGCUCAAAAUAGCAAAAAGAAACAAGAUGGAAGCAAAAAGAAAAAAUAUGAUGUUGAAAUGAUCGAUACAGAAUUGUAUGAAGUUGAGAAAAUUAUGAAUUGCAAACUGGAAAAUAGACAAGUUAUGUAUAAGAUCAGGUGGAAAGGUUAUAAACCAGAAGAUGAUUCAUAUGAACCUGAAUAUCGAUUGAUGUGUCCAGACAAAAUCCGAAAGUUUGCAAUCUCAACAUUCAAAGAGAAAUUUGGAAAUGUCCCGAUUAGCGAUGUUCUCAGAUAUUGUGAAAACUGCGAUGAUGAUGAAUUUCUCGGUUAGAUUUUUAAUUAUAAAUAUCAAGAAAACCCACACUUUCAGACUCGGGAAACAUGCUCGCAAUUAUUGGUAAACGUUUGUUUGAAAAAGGAUCGGUAAACUUCAUCGAGCAUGAUUCAAUUUCUGCAAAUCGAAGAUUUUUGAAGGUAAAUGUGUUUUUCAUGAGUUUAUCUUCUAUUUAUUCAUUAUUUAGGCUAUGCAACGUUCGGAUAAUGAAUGGUAUCUCAAUACUUUUAUAAAUGAUGAUAAAGAAAAGUUUGGAAGUGAUAUGAAAAAGUAUUGUAAAGAAGUUGAAUAUCGAAUUCAGAUUGCAAUAUGCUAUCCACUUGUCAAAGUGAGUUAUAACUUUCUUCAAAACAUUCACAUUUCUAUCUUUAUUUCAGGUGUAUUUUCCACUUGGUUACGAUACGGAUACUUAUCCAACGCCACCUCCUCCAAAUUACAAAGUAACAAUGAAUAUCUUAUAUCCAGGACAACAAGAUGUUACGAAAUCGACUCAAAAAGGAUUUGGUGAAAUAUAUCCAUUUGUAAAUAAAGAUGAUGAAAAAGACAACGAAAACUUACCGAUCGAACAGCAACCUCGUUGGCGAUUCAUGCUUGAUCCAGUCAAGUUGAAAGUUAAACGUCAAAACAAGUUCCAAAAUAAUUUGUCAUUGAGAUUCUCUAAAAGUGCAGGCUGGAAAUUGUGUGCAGAUAAUUUCAUCCCAGCUGGAAAACCAAUUUUACAAAUUCUUGGCGAGGUUUGUUUUGGGAUUUCUCUCAUUUCUCAAAAAAAGUUUGUUUUCAGAUUCGAGAUGAAUCUGAAGCUCAUAGUUCAAUGAUUGAGGAUGGUUUUCCAAUUGCCGUUUCUUCGAUUUUCAGAAUCGCUCGAACCGGAAAAGUUUUGGAUCAACGAAACUUUUUCGAUUUUUCGAAAUUUCUUCAGCACUCGGUAACAUAUUCAUUUUAUUUUAUCUGCAAUUAACAUCAUUGUUUUUUCAGUGCGAACCAAACUGCGAAGUCAGACUCGAACUUCCGCCAGCUGAAUUGAAAAUCGAUCCGGAUAAUGUUCCAGAACUUGUAGUGGUUUCAAACGAAGAUAUAAAGGUAAAUUAAAAAAAAAAAUGUUGUUAUUUUACAAAUAUCUUAUUUUUUCAGACUUUUGGAGAACACUUAUCUUUGGAUUUUUUCAAAUGCUUUGAUGAUGAUGUUGAUAAGUUCUUCUCGAAUAUAAAAGAUCCAUUGAUCAAAGGUAUUGCAAUAAUCCAAUAAAUAUAUAACAAUUUUUUAUUAUUUAGAAGAAAAUGGUCGUUUGGCAUAUUUGACCGAGAAUCGAAUUGAUUUCAUUCAUUGCGAUUGUGGCGCCAGCAGUUGUCGUCAAGUCAGUUUAUUUUUUUAUUUAAUUAUUAUAAUUGUUUUCAUUUCAGAUUCUUUAUGUUGACACUGCGAUGAUUGGACACGACCAAAACGAUAGAAGAACUGUGUUAAAUAAGGUGAGUUCUUUGGGGAUAGAUAAGCAUACUCAACUGAAAAAUAUGAAUUUUAAAAAUAGUUUUUUUCCACGCCACGCUUGAACUUUUCAGAAUUAAUUUCUGAAAAAUUUCAGUUGCGCCCACAUGAAAAGUUCAAAGGAACUCGUCUCUGA